ACAUCUCCAAAAUUGCAAUAUUAUAGCCAGUUUAGUCACCAAGAAUUCUCCCUCUCUCUCAUAUAUAUUUUUUUUUUGUCUAAGAGAGAAGAAAGAAUGGUGAAGAUAACUUUUGGUAGCAUUGGUGAUUCCUUUAGCAUUGGCUCUAUCAAGGCUUAUUUGUCUGAGUUCAUAGCCACCCUACUCUUUGUGUUUGCUGGUGUUGGAUCAGCUAUUGCUUUCGGUGCGCUCACAGCAGAUGCAGCAUUAGACCCACCGGGUCUGGUUGCAGUGGCCGUGGCCCAUGCAUUUGCACUAUUUGUGGGAGUGUCCAUAGCCGCCAAUAUUUCCGGUGGACAUCUGAAUCCAGCUGUCACCUUCGGAUUGGCUAUCGGAGGCAACAUCACAAUCCUAUCUGGCAUCUUCUAUUGGAUUGCCCAAUGCCUUGGAUCCAUCGUGGCUUGCCUCCUCCUCCUAUUUGUUACCAAUGGCAAGGCCAUUCCAACUCAUGGAGUAGCUUCAGGUGUUGGGGCGGUUGAAGGAGUGGUUAUGGAGAUUGUCAUUACAUUUGCAUUGGUUUACACAGUGUAUGCCACAGCUGCAGACCCCAAGAAAGGCUCACUUGGUACUAUUGCACCUAUUGCAAUUGGGUUCAUAGUUGGUGCAAACAUUCUUGCUGCAGGCCCAUUCAGUGGAGGCUCAAUGAACCCGGCCCGAUCUUUUGGUCCAGCAGUGGUUAGUGGAAAUUUCUCGGACAACUGGAUUUACUGGGUCGGCCCACUAAUUGGAGGAGGCCUUGCUGGGCUGAUUUAUGGUGACAUCUUCAUUGGUUCAUAUGUCUCAAUCCCUGCCUCCGAAGUCUGAAGAGUUUGCAUGUAAUGCUUGAUUUGUGGUAUUGGGGUUUCAAGUGUUUUUGGCUUCUUGGUUUGGGGUUGGGUUUGAUGUUUUUGUUAAUAAGGAAGUGUAAAUUAUAAAUCAAUUGGGUUUGUGGAUCUCAAAACCUUUUCCUUUUCAAGAUUGUCAAUUGGGUAAUGAAAUAUUGAAAUGUUUGCAUUUUUUUU